AUGUCUACACCGGUUUUGCGUGUUGGAAGUGCCCUGAAGCCCCUGGCUGGCAACAUUAGAGCAACCACAGCGAUUACACGAACAACUAAAGAACAACCGUGGAAAGCCUUUUGGCCCUUGGCCCCCGAGAAAUAUACCGAAAAGGAACGAGCCGAAAUGCCUUGGUUGACCUUCAAGUACGACAAGAAGAACAAACCAGAGGACCGUGCUUGGAGAGCAUGGUGCAUGCAGAAUCAGUCAACUGUUGCUAGAAGAGGAGCUUGGUAG